AUGUUUAAUCGUUUGUGUGAACCGGACUUUACCAUUGAUUCGGCAUUUGUGGACAAAUACUCUGAUUUGGGAUCAGAUGUCAUCACUUUGUUCUCCAACACAACUGUCCAUCAGUUGACUAUCGAUUCAAACGAAACGAUUCAAUACAAGAGAUCCAUACCAUUGAACGAGUGGUCAAAAGGGACAGUCAUGUGUGGAAGGGACAGUCAUGUGUGGAGUAUUUGGUCACACAAUAAAACAAUUAAUAAACACCGCAUUUUGCCAAAACAACAUUCCAGGAUAAUAGUGUUGGAACAGUUGGUUAUUCUACCCAUUGUAUUGAAACGAAGCAUUUUAUUUCUCCAGAAAGAUAUUCUCAUUGAAGACGACUAUUAUAUAAAAGGAGUCAAUUUUUAUUACAAUCACACCAUGUAUUUGAUCCCAAUUCUCAGGAGGAAUAACAAUAAUAAUCUACCCAUUGAUGAGAUCGAGGGUUAUUUGAAUGAAACGACGGCCGACUUUGCAUUCAAUGACUAUUUCUAUUUGUUUGCCGGCAAUCGUGUCUGUCGUGUGAAUAAUAAAACUCUUCAGUUUGCGGACAAUUGUUUGACUCAAACAAUCGCUCAAUGGAUGGGUUGUAAAGACAUGCCAUUAAAUCUCAAUAAAAAUAACAUUUCCAAAACUCAAGUUAUUGUCCGCCGAAGACAUAAAACAAGUCAUCGAAAGACAUACACUUUGAUCACUAAAUCUACUGAAAAGUUAUCGAAAACACAGUCGACGUCGACAUCAGUGGAUGAGAACAGACCAACAGAUCUGAAGAGUAUUUCAACAUAUAAGGCAAUUGAUGGAUAG